UUUUUUUAAACUGAUGGUUAGCUAUAGCCUUCAAUCUUGCAAAUAAAAUUCGAUUUGUGAGUUUAAACCAAAGAUUUUUUAACAAGAUUAAAGUUUAAAUGCUAAAUGGAGAACUUUUUUGGGCUAUACAUUGUUUCUAUGUUACAUAUUUUAAAAGUAAGCAAUGACUGUGACAAUGGUUGGUUAGAGUAUAAAACCAAUUGCUACUUUUUUCAAAAUAAAACAUCGAACGGAAAAAGUUGGCUAGAUGCCUCAUUGUCGUGUCAAACCUUAGGAGGGCAUUUGUUAAGUAUCGAGGAUCAAGCUGAAAAUGUUUUUGUUUUAAACAUUAUUAAAGAUAGCAGUAUGCAAAAAAAUAGUUAUUGGAUUGGACUCAAUGAUGCUUGCAAUAACAGAGAGUUUAUGUGGUCAGAUAACACAAGUCCACAGUUCUUUAACUGGUUACCAAAAAGACCUAACAAUCUUGAACCUGGAGAAAACUGUGUUGAAACAAAUAGUAUGGGUUGGAAUGACAAUUACUGUCGUGUCACUAACGGAUUUAUUUGUAAGUUUGUAAAAGAAAACAACGAUUCUUGUGUCGAUGGUUGGUUGAAUUAUAAAAACGGUUGCUAUUUUUUCCAGAAAACAAAUGAAACAUUUAAUGGCAGUGAUUGGAAAAGUUCUCAUUUAUCAUGUCAUUUAAAAGGAGGAAAUUUGUUAAGUGUAGAAGAUCAAGAGGAAAACUUGUUUAUUUGAUACAAUUGGCAGAGAUUGGGAUUAUUGUUAUUUAAAUUGUCUCGAAAAAGGAGGAAAUUUGUUAAGCAUAGAAGAUCAAACAGAAAUGGCAUUUAUUUUAAACAUUCUUCAAAACUACAACACAAGUACAGAUAAUUUCUGGAUUGGUCUUACUGAUAGUUGGUAUAACACAUGGUUUGUGUGGUCUGAUAAUACAUACCUACAGUAUAUACAUUCUCAGUUUCGUGGGUUAUCUUAUAAUGGAAAAGUAGAAAUGUGUGUAAAAAUGAAUAAUAAGUAUUGGGAAAUAAUUAACUGUUACAGUCUAAACGGGUUUAUUUGUAAAGUUAAAAGAGCAAUCAAUGAGUAUUGCGCUGAAGGUUGGACAAGUUAUAAAAUUUAUUGCUACUUUAUUCGCAGUUUAAAUGAAUUUAGUGGAGAUAAUUGGUUUAAUUCUUUUUCAUCGUGUCAGUCUAUGGGAGGGAAUUUGCUAAGUAUAGAAAAUCAAGAAGAAAAUCAGUUUAUUCAAAAUGAUUUAAUCAAAGAUAAUGGUGGUUACUGGAUUGGCCUUAAUAAAGUCUGGAAUGGUUAUCUUGAUAAAAACAAAAGAUUUGAAUGGUCUGAUAAAACAUACACACAGUUCUUUAAUUGGAUAGAAAAUCAACCAGACAAUGUUGACAGUAUUGAAAGUUGUGUAGAAAUGAACUCUAAUGGUUGGAAUGAUAAAGAAUGCAAACUUCUGAAUGGAUUUAUUUGUAAAACUAAAAAAGUUUAUUUAGAUUAUGUUAACCAAAGAGAAGAAUUUUAUCUAACCCAAGGUUUUGUAUUUGGAACUCUUAGUGUAUUAAAAAAGGAGUACACUAUUUCAUUUAAUUUAAAGCCAAUGAGUUAUUCAAAGGGUUUGAACAGUGUUCUUCAACUAAUCUCAGGUAAUAACAGCCAAAAAUAUAAUAACAAAAGUUUAGGUAUUUGGUUUGAUGAAGAUGGUUCUGGAAGACUUGUUAUUAAUGCUGCAGUUAAUGGUACUAGUAACUACUCUGUUAAAACAAAUCCAUUAAUCUUGGGUCAAUGGUCCAACAUAAAAUUAUACCAGUGGCUGUUUUGCAGUAAAUAUUGGUUUGCAGUAGAUAUAAAUGGUGUAAAUAUUCAUCGAGUAGAAAAUUCUUUAGCUGAACAUUUUAAAGACGUACAAGUUUACGUUUCAAAUCUCUGGGAUAAUGCACAAAACGGAUUAAUAUCUGACUUUUUGAUUAUUAAUGGAAAAGCAAAAUAUAUUAUUGGGAGUUACAAUACUACACUAGUAAGUGGGAAGAUCGUUGCUCAAAUACCGAAGCUAAAUAAAGAAUAUCUAGUGUCUUUUGAUCUUAAUCCGAAAGAAUUUAAAAUUGGUCUGCAUAACGUUAUUCAUUUUACUGAUAAAGUUCAAAUGAUUAAUGAUGAUAAUGAAACUCUAGGCAUCUGGUUAGAUGAAGAUGGAAAAGGAAGCAUUAAAAUAGUUGCUUUAAUUAAUGGAAAACUAAAUUUUUAUUAUUAUCCUAUUCAAUUAAAUAAUUGGUCUAAGAUUGAAGUUUGCCAAAGUUUAAAUGGCGAUUUUUAUGUAUACAAAAUAAGAAUAAAUGGACGUGUUGUCUUUUCUAUGAUUAACAAUCAAGCUCAGAGUAAGAUUAAUGUCAACGUGUAUGCUUCAAAUCCAUGGGACAAAGUUCAAAAUGGCUCAAUAAAAAAUUUCUUUAUUAUUAAUGGUGUUUCAGGUAAUGAAGUUGAACCUAUUGAUGUUCUUCCUAAAGAUUAUGUCAACCUUAAACAUGAGUUUUCAUUAAAUCAAGGAACAAUGCUUGGAGCAUUCAGUGUUUUGAAAAAGGAGUACACUAUUUCUUUUAAUUUAAAUCCUGCGAGUUACUCAAAGGGAUUGAAAAACGUUCUUCAUGUAACUUUGUGUAAUUACCAUAACGUUUAUGGCGACAAAAGUUUAAGUGUUUGUUUUCACGAAGAUGGUUCUGGAAGUCUUGUUAUUUCUGCUGCAAUUAAUGGUAUUAGUAAUUACUCUGUUAAAACAGAUCCGCUUAUGUUAGAUCAAUGGCAUAAUAUUAAAAUAUGCCAGUGGUUACAAGAGGGAAAAUAUUUUUUUGCUGUGGAUUUGAAUAAUGUUAACAUUCAUAGAGUAGAAAACUCUUUUGCUCAAGAUUUUAAAAACAUUAAAGUGUAUGGCUCUAGUAUAUGGGAUGCUCCACAAAAUGGUUCCAUCUCUGAUCUUCUGAUAACCAAUGGAAAAGUUGAGUAUAUAGUUGACAAUAAUAUUACUCCAUUAGUAAAGGGGAAAUUAGUUGCUGAGAUUCCAGUCCUAGAAAAAGAAUUUUUUGUCUCGCUUGAUUUUAAUCCUCAUAAGUUUAAUUCUGGUUUGCAUAACAUAAUUCAUUUUACUAUUGGUUCCGAUCGAUCUAGUUAUGGUGAUAUAACACCAGGUAUUUGGUCAAAUGCACUAGGUAAUGGCGUACUUGACAUAGCAUCUUCAAUUAAUGGAUAUUUAGAUGUACAGACUUUUUGGACAAAUGCAGUUACAGUUAAUCAGUGGUCAAAUAUUGUAAUAAAUCAAGUUUACAAUGGGUCAAUUUAUGUAUACAGAAUCAUUAUAAAUGAAGAAGUUGUAUUUUGUACAAUAAACAAUCAAGCUAAUAGCUUUGUUAAUGUCAAAGUGUAUGCCUCAAAUCCAUGGGCAGAAGCUCAAAAUGGUUCAAUAAAAAAUUUGUUUGUUGUUAAUGGGAAUUCAACCAAAGAAAUGAAGCCUAUUGUUAUACUUUCGAAAGUUAUACUUUUGUCAGUUUCGCAUCCUCCUAGUAGCAAAACAUUAGUAAUCUCUGCUGCUAUAAUAGUUCCUAUUUUAGUUGUUCUUGUUGCAGUUAUUAUUGUUAUUGCUUUAUUAAGAUGUCGUAGAAAAAGCAAUCAACAAUCAACGAUAAAUCUAAACCAUUUCACAAUUGAACAUCACAAUGGGUGCGAUAAACUAUCAGCAGAUAAGUGGGAGAUAUUCCCUCAAGAUAUUAGUAUAGAUCGGAAAAUUGGCGAAGGAGCAUUUGGCACUGUUUUUAUUGCAAAACUUAAUUCUUCGGUUUUAUCAAAUAUGAAGAUAAUGAAACAUAACUUUCAUGGUAUUACAGAAAACAAUUCAAAUGUUGCUGUGAAACUUGUAAAAGAUUCUGCUGAUCCGUCAGAGCUGGAUGAUUUUUGUGAAGAAAUGAAACUAAUGAAAGAUAUUGGGUACCAUAAGAAUAUUGUAAGUUUGAUUGGGUGUUCAACAGUUAAGAAACCCUUAUGUUUAAUUGUUGAGUAUAUGGAGCAUGGAGAUUUGUUAAACUUCUUGAGAAAGAGGCGAAACAAAUUUAGUGCUUUAAAGAUUGAUGGAAAUUUGUCAGUUAACUUGUAUACACAAGAUUUUCAACAACCUUUAAAGGCAAUUACAACGACUGAAACGGAUGCAACUUAUUUGGGGGUUAUGCCAAAUGAAGCUCCGUUAGAAGAACAUGGGACAAUAACGCCUGACGAUUUACUUAGUUUUGCAUGGCAAGUGGCAUCAGGAAUGGAGUUUCUUUCGUGUUCUAAAUUGGUUCAUCGAGAUCUAGCUGCAAGAAAUAUUUUAGUUGGAGCGGGCAAAAUAGUUAAAGUAUCUGACUUUGGUUUAACUAGAAAAAUUAAUGAUGAAUUAACCUACAUGAGCAAGAAAAAGCGUCGCUUACCGAUAAAGUGGAUGUCUGUUGAAGCCAUAUUUGACCAGUUGUUUACAUCAUUCAGCGAUGUGUGGGCGUACGGUGUUGUUUUAUUUGAAAUUGUAACUUUGGGAGGUACUCCGUAUCCUACUACAAGUAACUGUGAGCUUCUCUCUCUUUUGAAAUCUGGUUAUCGAAUGGAUAAACCUGAAAACUGUUCAGAAGAAAUGUAUAAUAUUAUGUUGCAAUGUUGGAAUGAGGAUCCAUUACAACGUCCUACUUUUACAAUCUUACGUGAGCAUUUUGAUAAAGUAAUGUCUCAAGGUGAUUGUUACUUCAAUUUUGAGUUUAACGAAAAUACUGCACUGUCGUUUCCUUCGUUUAAAACAGAAAUUGAAGAUGAUAAUACAACGGAAGAACGAGUUUUCAAAAAUCCUGAACACGUAAAGUCGAUUGAGGAAAUAAAAAGACUUCGUGAUAAACCAAUAGAUCCAUUAAACAAAAGAUAUACAGAUUUUGGAUAAAAUCAUUUCCACCAAGUUUAUCAAACACCUUUAUGAAUAAAGUUCAGAUUUUUAAUUUUGCUUCAAGUCAUUUAAAUAUAGGGUCUUUGUAAGAUUAAGAAAAUUACACAGUACAACACAAAAACUUUAUUAUAUAAUGUUUUAAACUAGUUUGGUUCGCCUGAUUUUAAAUUCCGUUUUAAAUCUCCAUUGCACAUUACUUUUUUAAAAACUUGUUAA